UCAGUGCAGCUGACUUGACGCAGCGUCGCUAAACAAACAUGGCUCUGCUACAUUAUCACAAUACGGACCUUUAUGAUACGUAGACUAACGAAAAGGGAAAUAUGCAACUAUUAAGAAGAAACAUGUCAUGUAUAAUGUGACCCUGCACACGGAGAGUCGCCGUAAGGUUUAGCUGGUUUAGCUUAGUGUAGCUCUUUGUGACCGUGUUUACACAUAGCUAGCUCUCCAGUUGGCUAAUGUAAGCUAGCAAGAUGGACCUUGGAACGAUGUUGUACAACAAUUUGAAAGAUGUUACAUGGAGUACGACGUCUUUACCUUUAGAUCAACUUGUCAGCGCUUAUAAGUUGCCUCAAAUUGUCAAGCUGGAUAACGGUCAGUUGGUCGAAGGGCUUAGAGACAAUGACUACCUCUUGAUUCAUUCCUGCCGUCAGUGGACGACUAUUACUGCCCACAGUCUGGAGGAGGGACACUAUGUCAUCGGGCCCAAAAUAGAGAUCCCAGUUCACUAUGAAGGUCAGUUUAAGCUGCUGGAGCAGGACAGAGAUGUCAAGGAGCCUGUGCAGUACUUCAACAGUGUGGAGGAAGUGGCCAAAGCAUUCCCUGAAAGGGUCUACGUCAUGGAAGAAAUCACUUUCAAUGUUAAGAUGGCAUCAGGAGAAUGCAAUGAAGACACAGAAGUUUACAACAUUACACUAAGCACUGGUGAUGAAUUGACAUUAAUGGGCCAGGCUGAGAUCCUCUAUGCCAAAUGCUCCAAAGAAAAAUCAAGAUUUAACACCCUGUUUAAGAAGAUUGGGAAGCUGAACUCCAUCAGUAAGAUUGGUAGAGGAAAGAUGCCCUGCUUGAUUUGCAUGAACCAUCGCACCAACGAGAGCAUCAGCCUGCCCUUCCAGUGCAAAGGCAGGUUCAGCACCUGCAGUCCGCUGGAGCUUCAGAUGCAGGACGGCGAGCACACCAUCAGGAACAUUGUGGAGAAAACCCGUCUCCCUGUCAACGUCACAGUACCCAGCAGUCCGCCCCGCAACCAGCACGACCUCCACCUCAUCCGAGAGGGUCACCGCUACAAGUUGGUUAACAUUCAGACAAAGACGGUGGUCGUGUGCUGCAUUUUGAGGAGCAACAAAAUCAUCCCCAUCCAUUUCCCUUUCUAUAUGGCCAUGCCUCGAUUUAUUGUUCCAGAAGAACUCCUGCAAGGAGAGUUGUGGCUAGAUACUAUGGUACAUCGCUGGUACUCCUUCUGCCAGGAGCAGUUUGACAUAGAUGACUACUCCCGUGCCGUCCGAGACGUGCGGACAGACUGGAAUGACGAAGGCAAAAGUCCCAAGAAAAGCAGCGGGAAUGGUAGCUGCAGUGGAAGCAGCGGAGGCAGCGGCAGCUCUAACGGGUGUCCCAACCACAUGCAGAUUCCCACCUCUUUAACGUACGCCAGAGAUGAACUCACCCAGUCCUUCCACCGGCUGUCUGUGUGUGUUUAUGGCAGCAACCUGCACGGUAACAGUGAAGUCAACCUGCAGGGCUGCAUGACGCUGUGUGGAGACUGGGCUCUCCUGCCAUCUGAUAGCAAUCCCUCAGAAUCUGGAGAAAAUGAACACUUUUUUCCUGAGCUGGAUAGCACAAACCAACACUCGCCUCUCAACAAGAUGGAUGUUCCCUAUGAGGAGCUGUGGCUGGAUCAUUUGAGAGGUCAGAUCCCAAAACCCUCCUCCAGUGAAGGAGUCCGAGGCAUCAACAAUGGCUGCGCGACAACAGCUGCUCUGUCAUACCCAGUCACUUGUCCUCUUGGUGCCAUAACUGGUUCAGAUGUGCCUCUUACUCCACCACCAGUCCCACCCAAGUCUGAAGCUGUGAAGGAAGAAUGUCGUCUCUUGAACGCUCCACCAAUCCCUCCACGUAGUCUCAAACAGAUGCCAUCGAUGCCAAUCCCCUUGAAGCCUCGGCAGCAAGACACUCGGUCUCCAAGUCCGACCCUCUCCUAUUACUCUUCUGGUCUCCACAACAUUAGUGGAGCAUGUGAGCAAGAGGGAGCGGACCAGCAAGAGCAAAGCCACGUGUGCUAUCCUUGUAGCUGGGGUAAAUCCAGCAGCACUGAACCAAACACUUCUUCACCCAGUGGCAGCCUGCUGUCGGACGGAGUGUCCUCCCGGUUGUCUUGGCCGAAUAACUUCAGCGGAGGAGAAUCACGCUGCAUGGAGGAGUUUCUACCAUCCAGCUGUCGAAGCUACUACAGUUAUCCCAGAAAGAGAUCCCCAAGCACCCCGAAAACCUGUACGUCCAGCCUUGUUGACUUUGAUGGCCGCGAGCACGCACACAGCAGUAAGGACUUCAGCUUGCAGAAAGCCUCUCAGAUCUGCACCAAAUCUUCGAGUUACAAUUCAGAAAUGUACAGAGACAAGCCAAUAGAAGAAUCCAACACUAAGCAGAGCCUCUCCUGCCCCAUCUUGCCACCAAGAACACCAAAACCAAAUGCCCCAAAGAAGUGCACAGAUUUACUGUCGGAAUCGGUCUGUGACAGUAAGCAGGAAACUUUAACUCAACACGAGCAGGGCACAGAGGAGAUCUUUUCCAUCUCAAACUCGUUAACUCUCAACUGUCCAUCCUUGCCUCCCACUGCUCAGUGGCAGCCGCCGUCCAGUUUGGCCGGCCUUUCUAUUGAAGAGGUGUCCAAAUCUCUGAAGUUUAUUGGCAUGCCGGAUGACAUUGUUUCACUUUUUGUGUCUGAGAAGAUUGACGGGAAUCUUCUCCUGCAGCUGACUGAGGAGAUUUUGUCUGAGGACUUCAAGCUAAGCAAACUGCAGGUGAAGAAACUCAUGCAGUUCAUAAAUGGGUGGAGACCCAAGAUUUAGCAGUCGAUGACACUAAAUCCAGCUGUAAAGCAGAGAAAGUCAUGCCUUCAGUAUAUAUGCUAUGCACAUCAAGCCACAAAGAGUUUGUUUUUUGUUUAAAAUAAACUUUUUUUCCUUUGUUACUACAUUGUGGGGAAGAUAGUUGGGUAAUACUUCCCAGCCCUCUAAAAGUCUGUGACUGCUAUUUGCUAACUGAAUGGAAUCUUUUAGCACUUUCACCAAGACAUUUUCAUGUCAGCUCCUUAGUACUUUUUCACUCACAGCCUAUUGAAUUAAGACCAGUCUACUGCCAACAGGUACUAAAAGAGAAUUCAGGUUUAUUUCAACCUGGAAUACUUCCAAUUAAUGUGUGUAUGGUGGGUCUUUGUGUGAUGCUAACUUCACACUCUUUGCUUCUGCUUCUGCUGUACAGACUGGAAAUGGUGUUUAGCAGCUUCCCAAAGACAGCUCAUUUUAUGUGAACCUUUGUCUUCAGUCCACCUGAAAGUAAACACAGAAAUUAGCUGCUUGGAAUGGAGUUUUUGCUAAUUGUGUUAGCUUUUCCUUACCGUAUAGAGAGCUGAGCGUUUGAUCCAGCUGGUUUUGGUCUUUUCUUCCUGUAGAUUUUACAUUUAACAUCAUCUUCAGGGUUUUUAUCAAACCUACAGAUAUUUUAGUUGUAGUUUCUCAGCUGGGAUUCCUCUCAUCCAUUGCGACAUGGAGAUUUUUCAGCCAUCAACAGGUCCAAGUCUUUAUAGCAACAGUUUUCCUCCUCAGUAAACUCCACCGGUUUCUUUCAGGGUGUUUUGUUGUCUCUCCACCUCUGGUUCCAUCCUCAUGGAGAAAGUCAGCCUCACACUGGUAAACAAAUCAAUGUGCAGAGAGAUGAGGUCAGCUGGCAAAUAUCCCAGGAUAGGGAGCCCUAAUGCAGUUAACAACAUGUCCGUUCCAGGCAGCCAAUUUCUGCAUUUAACCCUGGUCAGACUGAAAACAAAUGUGUAACAUUGUUCAUGUAAAAAUCAUCUUUGUUUGGGACGUUGCAUUCCUCAUUUUCUCUUAUCUCAGAGUUAGUACACUACCAGUCAAAAGUUUGGACACGCCUUCUCAUUCAAUGAUUUUUAUUUAAUUAUUUUGUACAUUGUAGAUUAAUACUGAAGACAUCAAAACUAUAAAAGAAUGCAUAUGGAAUUAUGUUGUAAACAAAGUGUUCAUCUUCAGUAUUAAUUUACAAUGUAGAAAAUAAUACAAAUAAACAACACUGAAUGAGAAGGUGCGUCCAAACCUUUGACUGGUAGUUUAUGUAUAACCACAAUAGCCACAUUAAUAGACAGUAUGCCAGGCUUAAAUGAACUAGAACCUCUCUUCUGGGAUAUCCUUGUGUUCUUUUAACAAUCAGCCCCUUUGAGCUCUUCUUCAGCUGUAAGGUUUGCCUGCAGCAGUGAACAUUUUUUUCCCAAAUGACAAGAAUGAGUAAAUGAUAAUCCUUGAGCGUGUGCUAUCAAACCAAUACACAGUUUCUUAUAAAACAAGACAACACAGUGAAGCUGUGACAUCAGUGAGCAUGAUUUAAUUUUCCAGAUUUCAGUGGAAUGUAAUGAAGGAUAAAACCAACAAAAAAACAGCUUGUGGAGGAGUAGUCGUCUGUACGUCAGUGUGAUUUCAGGUGAAAGAGUGUUGGUUUGCUGUCAUGCUGUGGGAGAUUAAUUGCUACAUGCAGUUGAACCAACUAUGCUUCGUUAGCCGUCAAAUUUUACAUCUGAAUUCUUGGCAUUUUAUUCAAAGGUAAUGGAACUAUGCUAACAACAGUGAGCCAAAUCAAACGAUUAUCAUGGUAACAAGAAGUAACAAAGGCACUCCUUAUGCAAGACACUGUUUGGUGCCUUUUUAAUCUAAAGUUGAAUCCUACUAAUCUAAUGUCUCAAUUAAAUAUAACCCGAGGUUAUCUGUAGCUGAAAGUGAAUGACUUGAGGCCUAACAAUAUUACGCCCUCACUCUCAUGCUAACAUGGAAAUAACAAACAGCGGUAACGGACCAUGAGUUUAGACAUGUAAUACAAAUUAUGCAUCAUGCACUUUGGUAUAUUUCAGUUUAAAUAAAUGCAGUUAAGGUCAUUAAAUAUAAACCUAUAAAAGAGUGUCUAUGUAGAGAGUGAAUGCACUACAUGUUGUUCAGAAUUGCAACGGUACUUCUCUUUUUUUCCCCUAUUGUCUGUAUAGUAAGUGUCCUCUAAUGCAAGAAAUAAGUAAUAGUUUAUCUGCGCCUUAACCCAGAGACCUUAAAAUACUUGAUAUUUCACGUUGGCUUAACAUUUUCAGUUUGCUAGUCGUGAAAAUAUACCCUAAGAAGUCACUUGAGGGAAUGUGAUGGGUUUGUAUUUACUCUUUGACACCUACAAGCCAAAAUUGAAAAUGAUCUGCUAUGAAUGGAAUAUUUGUUUAUACUGGUAACAAAUGUUUUUUUCUAUGCCCUUGAUUCAGAGUUGAUUUAUUUAUGCAGUAAUUUAACAUAAUGCUAAAUAUGCAGAACACUUCUCCUCAGAUUGUUUUUGUAUGGCUGAUAUAUGAAGGUGCCUCAGCAGCAAACAGCCUUUCUACAACCAGGGUGUGGUCUGCUGGCCAACAGCUGUUCUUUUUUUUUUCUGUUUUUAUUUCCCCUUUUCGUAGUGGGAUGUUACAUGUUUUACUUGAUAUUUUUAUUUUGUAUGUAAGUGCAAAAUUUUAUGUAAUUUUUUUUUUAAAGAAGUGAUUACUAAUGUUGAUAUUAUUUUUUAUUGAGGAAAAGCUUACGUUCAAACUUCUGUUUUUUAUUCUGUAAAAUGUGGGGUCUACUUAGGUUUAUGAAUCCAUGCGUUAAAAUAAGACGUGGUCACAGGAAGAGAUAAAACUAAAUGCUAGUUUCAGUCACACUACACACACAGUGACCAAAAAAAUGAUGUUAAUAAGCCAAGUGUCGAGAUAAUUUUACAAAUUUCCUUCUAACUUUGUCACAGUAUCCGUAUUUUUAUGGGAAAUGGCUGGUGCCCCUUUAUUCUUAUAUGUCCGUUAAUGUCUUAUGCAAUAAGAACAACAGAGCAGUGGAGUUUAAAAAAAAAAAAAAAAGGUAAUGGAGUAUUAUGUGUGUUAAAAAUAGCCACAGUGUUAAUUUCUGAAAGUUGAGCAUGCCAAAGGAAUUCUUCCAAGUCGCUAAUUUUACUUGAAUAAUUCUGAGAUAUGAACUGUGAACACACAACCAGCCCAGUCCCACUAACCCAUCUGUGUCAAGCAGGAUAUUCUGUGUUAAUAAUACUGGACUGAGGCCUAUAUAAUUAUUCAUUGUUGCCUAAAUACAAACAAAAGAGAUAAAUGACUGUGACACUAGGUUUGACAGCAUUACUGAAUUCUUUCACUUUAACUCCUUUCUCUGUUUUUGAUUGUAUGAUCUAUUAAAAAUGGAUUAACUGGU